GCGCGCGCAAAGAUGGCGACGCCCUAUGUGACGGACGAGACCGGCAGGUACAUCCCGUCCACGCAGCGGCCGGACGGGACCUGGCGGAAGCAGCGCCGGGUCAAGGAGGGCUACGUGCCCCAGGAGGAGGUGCCCGUCUACGAGAACAAAUACGUGAAAUUCUUCCGGAGCAAACCCGAACUGCCGCCGGGCUUAAACCCCGAGCCCACCCCUUCCCCCCCCAGCCGAGGGACCCCCGGGCGGCCCGAGGGCUGCGACCCCUCCCCAGCUUUAUCCAAAAGCGCCCGGAGGAACCUGAAACGCAAAGAGAAAAGGAAACAGCAGCAGGAAAAGGAUCGGGAAAACGACGGGGACGGACUGAGCCAGGCGCUGGAAAAAAUCGGGCUGAGUGACGGCGGCAGUAACUCCGCGGCUCAGCCCGGGACCGAGCGGGCGAGCAGCGCGGGCAGUGACUGCGGGCAGAGCUCGGGGAGCCCCGCGGGCCGGGGCGGGCCCGAGGAGCGCGGCCGGCGCAUGAAGAGCCUGCGGAAGAAGCUGCGGCAGGUGGAGGAGCUGCGGCGGCGGCUGGAGGCGGGCGCGGUGCCGCGGCCCAGCCCCGAGCAGCUGCAGAAGCUGGCGCGGAGGGCGGCGCUGGAGCGGGAGCUGCGGGAGCUCGAGCUGCAGCCGGACUCGUGACCGCGGCCCCGGCCCGGCCGGGCUUUUAAAGGGGUUGGGGGUUCGGGCUGGGC